UCGCUCUUCUUUCUUUAUUCUAUUUCUUCUUUACCAUCCUUGUUGAUUUUAUUUGAGCUAUGGGUUUUUCCUGUUUCUUAUUUAUGUUUUAUUUUCUUGUUUGCUUUCAGCUGGGAUUCUGUUUAGUUCCUUCUUGCUGUGGAAAAUUGAUGUGAAAUUAUUUGUAUUUUUGUCUUAAUUUCAUUGUCCGUUUUGUUUUGGUUAUUUUUGUUUGGAUUUCUUGCUAUAAUUUUUGGGUGCUGCCUGUUAUUCCAUGAAAAUGAUUCUUAGUUAUUGCAAUGAAAUUAAGUGGUCUGAUUGUAUAGAAAUUAGAUUACCAUAAAAUAGUUUAGAAGUUUACAGUUAAAUGUUCUUUCAUUGUAGCAAGAUUGAGAAUCAAUAUCCAUAAUUUCAGUAGAUAUAGUUUGGGCUGAGUUAUGCCUUAGAUUUAUUGACAAUUGCAAAGCUUGUGUUUUUGUGCUAUACUCUUUAUUUGUUAUUGCUUGCGCCAUCAAGAACUGUUGGAGAUAUGCAAGAAGUAUGUGGAUGUUCUGUUGAAAUUCGACUUUACUAAUGUUUUGAAUGCUGAUAUGGUAAUUAAAAGUAGAGAUAUGAAUUUUAGGAUUCACCUUCUUUAGGGUUAGUUCAAAGAUGAAUUAUGCUUGAAUUCUAAGGUGGCAACGGUGCUUCUUCUAUGUUUUAUUAUAUAUCGAUAACUUGAAAUGAGAAAUCUAAUCGAAGUUUAGCUAUUUAAUAAGAAGAUUGCCAAAUUUGAUUGUUCACUUCCUGCAUCAUCUUCUCUCUUGUAGCAUCUUAUAACUAUCUCAAAAGACUGAAGAUGAGGAACUCUCGUGACAGUAAAAUAUUAUUUGACUAAUAGUGCAAUGGCAUAUUAAUUGGGCAGCGAGUUUCUUGAAUGUUAUUACUAGUUUCGAGCAUGUCGGUGUAUAUGGAAUCAUAGCAUCGCCCUUAUCAAACGUUUGGCUCUUGACAGAGAGGUGUAUGCUCCAAAGGGUAUCCAAAAAUGGGAACUUUGGCCCUCGAAACCAGUGGUGCGUGCUCGAGUGACUACAUAGCGUUGGGGCUGAAGGACUUCAGAAAAGGCAGUAUAGAAAAGCCCCAGAUUCUCUCACUUUUAUCGACAUUGCUAGAGAGGUCCGUCCAUAAAAACGAAAGGAGGCUAGAAACUUUACAAACUAAAGACUUCAUCACAAUAUUCCACGGUUUAAGAGCGCCUUCUCUCAGCAUUCAACAAUACAUAGAUCGGAUUUUUAAGUAUUCAUGCUGCAGCUCUUCGUGCUUUGUUGUGGCGUACAUAUACAUGGAUAGAUUCAUCGAGCAAACGAAAUCAUUGCUAACUUCCCUGAAUAUUCACCGGCUCACAAUCACCAGUGUAAUGCUUGCUGCAAAAUUCAUGGAUGAUGCAUUCUACAAUAAUGCAUAUUAUGCUCGAGUGGGAGGCGUGAGCACAGCAGAGAUGAACAAAUUGGAGAUGAAAUUCUUAUUUUCUCUAGAUUUCCGGCUUCAUGUGAAUGUACAGACGUUUGGUAAAUAUUGUUCCAUCCUUAAACGAGAAGCAAAAGGCACCCUCGUUGAGCGCCCCAUCCAGGCUUGCGGAGUGGAAGAGAGCUGGACGAACAAGGACGACUCCACCUGUGCUCGACCAGUUGCGAGAUGAUCUGCUAAAGAAUGCUGAUAUCCAACCAUAUACGACGUGAAACAUGAAGAAUUUUCGACAUUUUUAUAUCUUAGGGAGGGCCAACAUCCAGUGGUAACAUAGGUAAGUCAUAUGUGUGCAAACUUGUUAUGACUUACAUUUCAUGUGUUGUGAAAGUAUGUAGGGUUGUUUUCGACAUUUCACUUCUCCCACUCAACAGUCAGUGGUUUGGCCUUAAUAGUCAUAGUAUGAAGCUUUGAAUUGAAGGUAA